AUGACGAGACUCUACCUCUUUAUUGACGUGCAACAUUGCUUUUUCGAGUCGGAAGAACCUUCGGCUAUUCUUCCCGCGGCCUCUACGUACCGGACGCGGUGGGAGCAUCUCCUCGAAAGAGCGCGCAAGAGAGCUGCAGAGCCGUCGUCGGACCUCACAGUGGCCCACGUGCAGCAUGAGGAAGACGGUGAUGACGGCUUCAAGCGCGGCACCGUGGGUUGGCAGCUCGAGCUUCCUGCACUGGCUCAAGAGAAAGUGUAUCGCAAGACAACGCCUUCUGUAUUCGAAUCAAAUCCAGGCCUAGCUGAAGAUCUCAAAGCAAAACGUGUCAAACAUCUGAUCCUUGCAGGUGCUCAGUCAGAGUGCUGCGUCCAAGCAACCGCCAGAGGGGCGCUUCAUCAUGGCUUCAAAGUCACCCUCCUCUCUGGCGCACACCAUACUCUUGGCGAGUCGCUCCAAGCCGCCAACGACAUCUCGGCCAGAGAAGAGGAGGCGCUGCAGGCAGAAGGUGUUAACCUUGUACCUUGGGACAAGUACAGUUGUUCCCAUAAGCUCACCUUCCAGGCCUCCGUGUCCACCAUACAAGCCCGCCAGCUCAGUUCAUUGCGGCAACAGGCUGCUCAGCUGGUGCUGCGCGACUCAUCUGGCGGCCACGGUGCAGAGUCAAUGCCCUGCCACCGCAACUUCAUCCUGCGGCGCUUUGGACGCAACCAUCAAGCACUACCAGCAACCGGGUUCCUCCUUGUGGAAUGGUUUGCAGACAUGGCAGUAUUCGAACUUACCACAGCAUCAAGCACGAGCCCAACGCUCUUCAGUCGUGGCAAACAGAUGUUGGCCUCCUCCAUAAAGGCUUCCAGCCUUUCCCGCGUGCCUUCUUCAUCAGCACCCUCUGCUCAGCAAUGGAAAAGCUUGGCCUGCAGCCGUCGCAGUAUGCAGGCCACUCAUUCCGUCGACACUUGGGCCGCCUCUUGCGGCGUCGACAAAACACCAUCCAGCUUCUUGCCCGCUGGUUCUCUGACUGCUACCGCCGCUACAUCGAUCGGUCAGCAGUUGAACGGCGAUCUUUGGUUAUCUCCUCCAUCUUCGCGUUCCGACACGGCCCCUUGGUGCCCACCAGCCUCCCUUGGCGGGACCCUGUCCUCUGAUUCUGUGGGCGGGCAGCUCAUGCGGUACUCACCUGCCCAAAGUGCUAAAGCGCUCUCCUCUGCGCUGGCGCUGCAGCCUCUGUGA